AAUCAAUUAGUUGAAUCAGAUGACAUUAAAGAUGAAGAAUAUGAUAUAGUUCUAGAAAAUGAAGAUAAAGAAAAUAAAGAAAUUAUUGCAACAAAUAUAAAAAAUACAAAUAAAAGUUACUUAAUUGAAACAGACAAACAUAAA